AAAACUUUCUCCUUAUAACGCUUUUAUGAAGUCUGAACUACCAAAAGUUAAAGCAGAAAACCCAAGUCUUGAGCAUAAGGCUGCUUUCAAGCUUGUCGCUGAACGGUGGAAGAAUAGUCCCGAAAACCCUAAA